UUUCUUUCUGUCCACUUGUGUCCCUAAGUUUCUUCAUAAAACACUCAUUCCAAUGGAGAUUAAACACCGAAAACUCUUUCCUUCAGACACAACCACAAACCAAACCCAAGAUUGUUAUGGCUUUUGUGACCCAGCGUGUCCUUACAACUGCUACUCUAACCCAGAUUACUUCUUCUCUCCACCACCACCACCAUCAUCUAUUUCAGAACACUCGAAUCAAGUUAACCACAUAUCCUCCUACUUGAUCAUCCUUGUUACUCUAUUCACAGUCAUUUUUCUUGUUGUGGCUUUCUAUGUGAUCAAAGUGAAGUGUUAUGCUGAUUGGUGUGGCUGGAGAUUCAAUGGGUCAGUUCCUUCUCAAACAGACAACACUGAGGAAUUUCUCAAUGAGAACCAAGUUGAUCACCCCGUGUGGCUCAUCACCACCGUUGGUCUGCAACAAUCAAUCAUAAACUCGAUUACAGUUUGCAAGUAUAAAAAAGAUGAAGGGUUGAUUGAAGGAACCGAGUGUUCGGUGUGUUUGAACGAGUUUCAAGAAGAAGAGACCUUAAGACUUUUGCCAAAGUGCAACCAUGCGUUCCACAUCCCUUGUAUUGACACGUGGUUGAGAUCACACACCAAUUGCCCGCUUUGCCGUGCUGGUAUUGUCUCUAGCAAUGUGGCUCCUGAUUCAGCCACGUCGAAUUUCGCUUCAACGGAGCAAGAAAAUGCAAACUUCGCUAGAAAUCAUGAGACCCUUUUGGAGAAUUCGAUUAAUGAUGGUGAGUUCAGUAGCAACAUGGUUAUCAAUGUGGCCAUGGAAAGCAGAACAGGUACAGGGGAAUCAAGUGAAGGACUUGAGUUCAUUGAUGAAUCAAAUUAUAAGGAGAGAGUUAAUGAUUCAACGGAGAAUCAAAUAGAGAAGGGGUCUGUCUCAAGUGAUUCUAUAUUGGAGGAAAAUUCUUGUUCUACAGAAUCUGAAAGCAAAUGCAAUCAUGUUGUUGAUCAUGUAUUGGGUGACAGUGACACACAGUUGCACAUGGUUAAUCUUUGGAAGCAAAAGCAAGAUGGAGAUUGCUACUCAAAAACGUAUAAAAGUAUGCGUCGUUCCUCAAUUGAAGAAUGUUUACACAUGAGCCCGGUGUCUAUGAAAAGGUCAUUCUCCUGCAAUGGAAGGAUUCUAUCUUCUAGAGGUUACGUUAGUCUAAACUCUAGACUCAACUCCUCCUCAUUAGAAUUUUCAAUCGGUCAAAGAUGAAGUUAGCGUGGCGUGAGAUAAUGAGAAGUGAUUAUUAGGGGACAUAUUUUUUGUUUCCUUGAUGGUCAGGUUGGAGUUUAAUCAUGAAAUUUGUGAAAGAAAAAGAGAUCAAUUUUAAUGAGGUUUUGAUUGCGAAGAAUAAAAUUUUAGUUGUAGUUGAAGUUUUACCAAAAUAUGACUCUGCUUGUAUGUAUGUAUAAAAAAUCACGAUGUCCAGUGCCAGGGCAGAAAAGUUUGUUCCCACGAAAGGGAACGAGGUGCAUUAAGUACUCGAUCUUUUGCUUCUACAUUGUGCAUUUGUAAAAGCUUGAUUUUUCUCUAUUCGAGAUCAUAACUUAGUAGAUUUUCGAUUCUGAACUUUCCUUUCCUCCCCAAAAUGAUAUUGUGAUCUGAUAAACUAUCAUAGUCCUCCAUAACACAAUGGAUAUGUUACCGCAUA